GUGGCAGCCGCGCUGGUUUGUUUUAGACGAUGGGAUCAUUUCCUACUAUGAUUCUCAAGAUGAUGUCUGCAAAGGAAGCAAAGGAAGUAUUAAGAUGUCCGUCUGUGAAAUCAAAGUUCACCCCACUGACAAUACCAGACUGGAACUGAUCAUACCAGGAGAGCAGCAUUUUUACGUCAAAGCUGUCAAUGCUGCCGAACGUCAGAAGUGGCUUGUGGCACUUGGAAGUUCCAAAGCUGGCCUUGCUGACACGAGGGCAAAGAAAGAAAAAGAAAUAACAGAGACGACAGAAUCUCUGAAAACGAAGAUGUCUGAGCUGCGUCUCUACUGUGACUUGCUAAUGCAGCAGGUCCACACAAUAAAGGAGUCUGUGGACCAGGAGGACCAGGAAGGAGACCACUUCAAUUCCAGCUCGGAGACUCUGAAUGAAGCCUCCUCUUUACUGAGUGCCACGUGUAACACCUUCAUCAAAACACUGGAAGAAUGUAUGAAGAUGGCCAACUCCAAGUUCAAGACAGACAUGGUGCUGUUGAACCCUCCAGAUGACAUGAUGAUGUCCCCUGUUUCUCCGUCACAAGUGGUACUCAGUAAUAUGAAGUGGUCCAUAAAUCACCCGGGCACGUACAAUUUCGACAGGUCUGGCCUCCCGCCAAAGGAGGGUGUGUUAUCAGGUCAAAGGUCAACCCAAAGGAGGACACGGACUUGUUCGGACACAGAGGCUCACAGUGACAGCUGUGUUUAUGAGAUGGACCGCGCUGCUGUGCUGUGUCUCAAUGCCAGUGUGAACAGGGACUCCUCCCACAGUAUCCCUGAGGAGAGUGGUGCCAUCAGUCCUACCAGUCCCAGAGCCAUGUCAGACACAGACACUCCAGAGACUGGACCUGUCUAUCUGACCUGUCCUGUCACUCACCAAAUACAUUACAGUGGCUUCAGAUAA